AUGGAGGUUCAUCAGAGCUGUUUCGUCGACGCAACCGCAUUUGCGACGGAUUUUCCCGCUUCGCGAGCCGACUUCGUCGUUAUGCGACCGGAAUGCGUUGUCGCUUUGCCGGAAACGCUCGUGCCGCGAUCGGAUUUCGUCGCGUCAACGGCGGACGUGCGACAAUUCGUCGUCGGCCAGGAUUGUGCAAGCCGCAUGAAUAGCGAUGAAGAUUUCGUCUACGCGGCGCCACUCAAGUAUGAAGCCGAGAUUUGUUGCGGAUGUGACCGAGCCAUUCAUGAGCGAACACUCCUGACAGUAAACGGAAGGCAAUUCGGUACAAAAUGUGCAUCCUGUUCUCGGCUGAUCCAUGCUACGGACUGGGUUAGAAGAGCUCGAUCCUUUGUUUUUCAUCUGGCCUGUUUCGCCUGUGCUCAGUGUAAAAGGCAACUAAGCACCGGCGAAGAGUUUGCACUGCAAGACAAUCGUCUACUGUGUAAGCAACAUUUCGUCGAGUUGGUCGACGGCGAUUCGGGAGCGAACCAGCAAAAACAAAAGAUCAAGCGAGUGCGUACGACGUUUGCAGAGGAACAACUGAGUGUCUUACAGGCACACUUCCAAGUGGAUAGCAACCCUGAUGGAGCCGACCUGGAACGAAUAGCCAAUAUUACAGGACUGAGUAAACGAGUUACACAGGUCUGGUUCCAGAACUCAAGAGCUCGUCAGAAGAAGUACCAAGGAAAUCGUAAAGGAGGUGAAGUAACAACGGACAGUACUCGAUCAUCAGAGGGUCCAGUAAGUCCUAGCCAGAAAAGCGAAGCCAGUAGCGAUGGAAUGUUUCCGAGCUCGGUCACCACUAGUGCCGAAGAAGCAAUGACCGAUUCUUCUGUUGUGCUUGCCUCGCUACAUUACGAUUAG